UAAACUAAAUAGACACAAUAUUCAAACUAAGUGUUCUAGAUUCAAUAUGGUUUACACUUCAAAAUAAAAAAAAUGGUUUACACUUAAUUUUAAUUUCUAACACAUGUUUUUCUUUUAUUAAAAAAAUGUUUUUGAACUUAUAUUUCAAAUAUAGUUAUCCUAUAUUUGCACAACAUGGAGCAUGAUAGGAAAAGAUAAAUCAAUGAUUAAAGAGAGUAAUUAAACUUCUUGAUCAAGGUGCGUUGAUAGUUUGAUUUUGACAUAUCAACAAACUCCACAAAAAUCAGACUACGGAAAAAAGAAAUCAUUUCUUAUGACAGCUUGUUCCACAGAAAAACAUUAAAAAAGACCAAAUCAUAUUACGUGCCCAUUUUCGAGGUUUGACUAAUUGUGGAUUUUGGGGCGUUAAACCUUAGAACAAGAGGCUAUAUAUAUUAGUCAAUCGUCAGAGACAGAAGUAAUUAGCUCUUCCUGUGUCUUGGAUUACAAUUUCAAACGUUCCGGUCAGAUUAGCUCCACUAGUAAUAUCAAUGGUGUUCUGUGGAUUAUUUUCGGAGCUCAUAAAAGGACACUCCAGUUCUAACAACAACGGAACUAACGUUUCACUGGCUAAAACGAUCCAAACAAAUAUUCGGUCCCAAUACUCAUCAGACCUGAGUUCUUACGCAUCCGCUUGUAAAAAAUACUCAUCCCUCAAAUCUUUUGAUUCAUUGCUUCACGAGCGAACAAACAGCAUCAUCAGCUCGCUCGCUGCUCAGGCCAAGACUCGAUCUUUAAACAUAGAGUCACUCAUGGAGGUCUACGGAUAUCUUCUUGAACUAAACCAAGAUACAGUAAGAGUCAUCAUUGAAAGCAAAGAAGAUGUUUUGAAGAACAAUGAUCUCAAGGCUUUGGUUGAUGUCUAUUUCAAAAGUACCUCUAAGACCUUGGACUUCUGCAAUACCGUCGAGAAAUGCGUCAAGAAAGCAGAAAUAAGCCAGCUUAUCAUUCGAUUCGCGGUGAAACAGUUUGAGACAGAAACGGUGGAUACGGAUCUUGGAGAGAGUAAGAAGAAGAAGUAUGUGAAAACCUUGGAGGAGAUGAACAAGUUUAAAGCCAUGGGAGACCCUUUUGAUGGCGAGUUCGUGACUCAGUACAAGUCUGUCUACGAUGAGCAGGUUUUGCUUCUGGACGAGUUGCGUAAGCUGAAAGUAAAGCUUGGUAAGAAACUGAGGAAUAUAAAGACAUGGAGGAUAUUGUCAAAUGUGGUUUUCGCCACUGCGUUUGUGACUGUAUUUGUCUUAUCGGUGGUUGCGGCAGCAAUGAUGGCACCUCCGGUAUUGAGUGCGGUUGCGUCUGGAUUGACCACACCGAUUGAGGUUGUGGGAAUGUGGUGUAACAAGAUGUGGAAAGAGUAUGAGAAAGCUGUGAAGAGACAGAGAGGUUUGGUUUUAACAAUGGAACUUGGGGUGCAAGCAAACAAUGUAACGAUGGUAAAUAUAAAAUUCGAAGUUGAAAACCUGAGCAUAAGGAUCUCAUCGAUUCUGAAGACCGUGAACUUUGCUGUGGACAGAGAAGAAAAUGAAAUGGCGACGAGAUUUGCGAUGCAAGAAAUAAAGAAGAAAGUAGAAGGGUUUACUGAAAAAAUCGAGGAAGUUGGUGAAAGAGCGGCUAAUUGUAGCAAACUCAUCGCGUUGGGGAGACUUGUAGUUCUGGGACACAUCCUUGGUUUACACAUCGUAGAAGGAGGAGCUGCAAAUAUUAUCAGUAGCGUUUAAAAGACAUUGACGUUCAUCGAUCGAGAGAUUCGGAAUACCAUAACGGCUCGGCGACACAGGAAGCGUUGGAGAGAUUUGAUGCUUCUUUGGUUGAUUUAAUCACUACCCAUUUCAGUAUUGUAAUCUUGUUUUAGUUUUUUUUGCCAAGAUUACUCUAUAUUAGGUUUUUGCUCUUUGUAAUACCUCCUUUCAUUUUAAUGAUAUUAACAUGCUUAG